CGGAAAAACCUUUACAAUAGGCGACAAGUCACAGAUGUGUUCUCUUAAUGUACCCUCUGAUACAGCAUGUAAUUUUGGCUCUCUGUACGUGGUUUUACAUUUAGUGAGCAGACGUGCUCCUAGUUAUUUUUAAUGCAGCAGGCUGAAGCGAACGUUAUUUUUAAGGAGUACACUGAUUUCCCAUCUCUAUUGUAGGACACGAACACGUGAAGAAGACAGGGCUGUUCAGUAGUUACCGUUAGCUGGUUUACGACUGCCUAAAGAUGCAAUUAGCUUUAAGUAAAACGUUUGGACAGAAGCCAGUUAAAUUUCAGUUAGAACAAGAUGGGGACUUUUACAUGGUUGGGUCGGAGGUUGGAAACUAUCUGCGAAUGUUCAGAGGCUCUCUGUACAAAAGAUAUCCAUCUUUAUGGAGGAGGCUGGCCUCUGUAGAGGAGAGGAAGAAAAUUGUAGCAUCAUCACAUGCCACUAGUGUUACUCUGCUGAAGGCUUCAGAAUGUGAAGAGAUCUUCGAGGGUAAUGAUGAGAAAUACAAGGCGGUGUCCAUCAGCACAGAGCCCCCAGCUUACCUCAGGGAGCAGAAAGCAAAGAGGAGCAGCCAAUGGGUCCCCACACUGCCCAACAGCUCUCACCAUCUAGAUGCUGUGCCCUGCUCCACCACCAUCAACCGCAACCGAAUGGGCCGUGACAAGAAAAGGACUUUCCCCCUGUGCUUUGACGACCAUGACCCAGCGGUGAUCCAUGAGAACGCAGCCCAGGUAGAGGCGCUGGUCCCUAUUCGACUAGACAUGGAGAUAGACGGACAGAAACUGCGAGAUGCCUUCACUUGGAAUAUGAAUGAGAAACUGAUGACCCCAGAGAUGUUUGCAGAGAUUUUAUGUGAUGACCUGGAUCUGAAUCCUCUGGCCUUUGUCCCUGCCAUUGCGUCAGCCAUUCGUCAGCAGAUAGAGUCCUACCCCACUGACAGCAUACUGGAAGAGCAGGCAGACCAGAGAGUUAUUAUCAAGCUGAAUAUCCACGUGGGAAAUAUCUCUCUGGUGGACCAGUUUGAGUGGGACAUGUCAGAGAGGGAGAACUCUCCGGAGUCGUUUGCUCUGAAGCUGUGUUCUGAGCUGGGUCUAGGAGGAGAGUUUGUCACCACUAUCGCCUACAGCAUUCGCGGUCAGCUCAGCUGGCACCAGAGGACCUACGCCUUCAGUGAGAACCCACUCCCCACAGUAGAGAUUGCCAUCCGCAACACAGGCGAUGCAGACCAGUGGUGCCCCCUGCUGGAGACCCUCACAGAUGCGGAAAUGGAGAAAAAGAUCCGAGACCAAGACAGGAACACAAGACGUAUGAGACGACUGGCCAACACCGCUCCGUCCUGGUAGAAAGAGACAUGAAGCUGCAUCAGAUGAUGUGUCCUCUGGAGACUCCUGUGACUCUGAAACCAUCAAGUAAAUACACAGUAAAUACAGAGUUACACACACACACUCACACACAAAAGCAUUGAUGAAGCAUCUGGACAUUCCUGUGAGCAUGAAUGCUGUCACAGACAUGUGGCCAGUCUCCAUUGGCAGCUCACUGACUGAACACACACACACACACACACACAUCCAGGCAUUCCUCUGCACACAGGUCAUUGUGUCUCUCACUCUGCAUUUAGCAGUUCAGAUCUAACCCAGCAUCACUCUUAGUCAGUGUUUGUCAUGGAAGGAGGUUUAUUUGAUGUCUGCUGCACAAGCUGCUGUUACACACACCACGCUGUGUAUUCACAUCACGCAUGUCGAGUCAAAACACGUAGCAUUACAGCACAAUGACUGAUUAGAAUGUAUCUUUAUGAAUGGUUAGAGAAAUGACCUCGUUAGUUUGUGCCGUUACUCUGGUCUGGACAGCAUUUGUGUAAGAUCAUCAGAGCAGCUGUUACACCUGUCAUUUUCAGUUCUCCAGACCUUUAUCACACCUGUAGCAGAGGUCUGCCAUCUCCUCUGUCUACCAUCGAUCUAUCAAUCCAGUCACUGAGCAGGCAAGUCAAGGCCUGGACCACAUGUUUACAGAUAUUUUUUGAAAUGGAUAUUUUCCCCCCUCUGUGUAAAAGAUAAAAAUGCUGCCCACACAGCCUUUAUUUUACAAAAUAUCUAUGAUAUAGCCACAUGGGAACGCAAAAGCGAUUCAAUUCGCAUUAACGAGCAAGCCAGGCCAGCAGGUGGUGAUAAAGUCUACAUCAUCGAUGCCUCGAAUACCAGAGAAGAACAUUCUGAGCACAUGAAGUGAGCUCAUCUUCCUUUGGUGGUUGUAAGAAAGCACAAACAAUAGUAGCUAGUUAUUUAUUUAUUUCUAGUUAUUUAACACAGGCCUCCCAUGCGUCUUGGAUAACUGGUUUCAAAUGUGUGCUCAGCAUUGUUGAGACAGUUGGAUAAUAAUGAAUGGGAUUUUUUUUAAAAUGGCUUUUAUUUGCAUGACCAUAGAUUCAGGAUUUUUAAAUAAGGGAGAAGAAGUACAUCAAAACACAGUUAGUGUUCUGUAUGGCAUGGCCCCCUGUCUGUCAUACCAGCAAGAUCAUCACUGAAAAUGUCCUGGAAAAUGACCUCUGGAAAAGAGUGGGAACCAUGUAACACCUUUCUGACCUACAGCCUGGCAGUGCUAACCAAAUGUAAACUAAUCAGUAGUCCACCAUUGUUGUUGUGUCAGAUGCAUGCUCAGUACACAAUGGACAUGUUUGAAUUAAGUGAUGACAUCAUCAUUUCGCUCCAUUUUACACACAUGGAGCCACAAAAACUGGCAUUUUGGAAGUUAAGAAGUUGUUUCACAAAGCCUCUGUGAAUUUAGUGACCUAAACAUUGCAUGUGUUUGAACAAAAGGUCCGAGCGCAGAGACAAAUGUUUGAUUUGCUUAAUGUCCGUAAACAUGUGGUCAAGGCCUGAGAUUCUGUCCUGUUCAACACAUGCAGGCGUUUUUUCACCGCAGACAUUGUGAACACACGGUGCAACUAAUGGCAUUAACAACAACCCAAGAUAGACUGAGGGUAGUAAUGGUAUUGACUAGAUAUGGUAAUAUGUCUGUUGGAGGAAGAAGGCCUUUUGGUUUUGCUGCUCCACAAGGUCAGCAGUGGGGGUUACUGAGGCAGGGUGUCCUGGAGAGCUGAAAUGAUAAGUCGAUUCGUCGAUUGGGCCAUCAACACAAAAAUGAUGAGUGAUGAUUUGUUCCGGCUUCUCAAAUGAGAGGAUGUACUGGUGGGAUUGUUGUAAACUAAAUAUCUUUAGGUGUCGGACUGACAAAGCAAGACUUUUUUCACUAUUCUUUAAUAUUUCAUAGACUGAACAAUUUAAACUGUCCUUGGACAUCAGACCUCUGUUGGUGGAUGAUCCUCCAAAAUAGUACAUAAUGCCUCUGUGUGUAGGGUCUGAACAUUUCUGACUUUGGUGGCUGAUAGUGGAAGGACCAAAAAACUGAAGAAAAGGCCCCAGUUUUCACUGGAAAGAUGUCUUCAAAUAAAAUAAAACUGUUGUGCUGUCAGAGUGAUUUGAAAGAUGCUGUCAUCAUAUAAAAAUCCUUUAAUCAAUGUUGCUGAGGAACAUUACGGUGUUACGGCUGCUUCUUUGUACUGUGGGUGAUGUUAGUGUUUUAACCUGACUGAAAUGACCAGCGUACAUGUGUUAACUGUUACUGCUGUCCAGGCAGGUCUCCAGACAGUGGCGGUGGCUCGGAUCUGUCCAGCCAAUCAGAGAGCUUGAGUUUGGUUUGAUUUUAGCAUGUGGACUGCAUUCUGAUCUUGGUUGCCAGUUCUGAUAGUUAUGUGCACCAGUGCUCAUCUGCAUGCUGAAACAUAGGUAGUUCAAACUGUACCCUGUGCAUGAGGGACUAACAUGCUCCCACUGUUACCUCUGUUUGCACUGAGCCUCCCUGCAUCAGUGUCUGCAGACUGGAGCUUCUGUUUAUCUGGGAGUUGUUGGGUAGUCAAGAGGAAAAAAACAAGCAGACAAGAACCAGUGGUGUCGACUAAAGCAUGGGCGCAGAUCUCAUGAUAACUUGUGGGGUUGGCCACCGGUAUGAUCAAUGUGAAAUUGGCUAACAAGCUACCACGCAAGCUAGCUAAACCAGCUAGCUACCUCUAAAUAUGGAUCUGGCUGGGGAUAAGUUCAAGGAACAAUGUGUAAUAAAUAAUAAUUUAUUGGGGGGUCCGCUUCAUGUGGGGGUCCGCUUCAUGUUUUUCAGACGUUGGAGGGGAGUCGUCCCCUCUGACCCCUCAUGGAUCUGCGCCCAGGUUUUAAAGUGAUUUUCAACUUGACCAUACUCCAGAGAAUGAUGUCAACUUAUGUACUGUUGCUUCGUGUUCUCUUCUUUUGUAAAGUUGCUUUACCUUUAUA